AUGGCAGUCAACAGAAAAUUGAUUGUCGACAGAGGCUUCGUCACGGGCGGAUUCGUAUCCACUGACUCGUCAUCGCGGGCCACCGUCGGACAUCAGAAAAAUCGGCGCUGCAAAUAUUCGACUCUGGCAAAAAUAAUUCACCUCUUUAACCAACGCUGUCCCAUAUUCUUUUCUCGAUCAUCAUCACGGCCACUUCCACACACCCUUCCCCUUCCCCGCUCCGUGCCCGCCAACCGCAACCUCCGUCCCUCAUUUACUCGACCAACAGCGCCUGCACCGCCUGCUGAGAGGCGCUGCGCGCGUCCACGGCCAGGCUGCUGGAGGCACUUGUUAGCACAUGACGCGGCGCACCAACAGAUAUCUUCGUAG